AAAGCGAUCUGGAUUAUGACAUGGGGUAAUGAAAACGCCACUCACCCAAGCUUCAUCAUGAAGAUCGUUCUGUGUCUCCUUCUUGUGGCAGUGGUCUACGCUGAUCAAGAAAAGCGUUUGUUCUUGGAGGAGUUUGAUGUAUUAGGCUUGUUCGACACCAAAACCAUUGAGACCACCGUGUGCGGCAUCACAUCAAGAAUCGGAGGAGACGACACGGAGACGCAAUGUGAGGGAGUGUGUCACAGUGUGCUGCAGGGGGAAACCGUCGCCGAAAACUUCCUCCACAGCGGCUGCCCCUUAGUCUGCAGAUCUUUGCAGUAUCUGGUCCAUAUGUUCCCAUGUAGCACUCCUGCUGCUUAGUAAUCAGGUCACGUGGUGUCUGAGGACUUUCAGUUGGGCUUUUCAGCGGUUUACUUGUAUAAUAGACAAUAAAACUUGAUUGCAAAUUCU